AUGCUUCAUAGACUUCCCUUGGAAAUCCAAGUGCUUCUUCUCAAAUCCUGUCCUGGAAGCUCCCUCAAGCAUGUCAACUCCCAUUUUUACUUUCUUUAUAAUGAUUUGUAUUUCGAGAAGCUAAUCAUCACAUUUGGCGAAGAUGUAGUAGACAUAAUUGCCAAAGUUUACCCUUGGCUCAGAACUUACAUCAUGACACUAGAUGCUUUCCGAAAAACCUCCAGAGAAGUCAUUUCCAAGAGAUUGAAACUAGUCGAUUAUUACGGCACCUGCAAGAGCCCAACUGAAAUCAUCGAGUCGAUGUAUGUUAAGGACUCUUGGAAAUAUGUCUAUUCAUUGUUCAAGAACAAGCGAUUAUUUGCCGAGUAUUCUGAUUAUCAAAUUGAUGAGCCAACAAACUAUAUUUACAAUCAUUAUGUGGAGAUAAACCGAUCAUAUCUCCUAUCAUACAGAAAGGAAAUAUGGUUAGCGCCCGGAACAUAUAACCUAAACGUCGGCUUGGUUGUCAAGUCAGGAAGUGGUCUAGGAACUACUAAGUUUGACAUCAAAUAUCAAGAUACGAAUGGGGAGGAUAUAGUUCAAACUUUUUUCCCUCCAACGAAUAUCAACGAGAUUCUUCCAAAGAAGCAAUUCUGCUUUCUCAAAGUUGGUGAAUUUCGAAUCAAUGCUCCAUCGUUGCACGUUCGAAAUGAAUCUAAUCAGCAUGGUUUACUCCAAAAAAUUGAGCUAGUCAUGGAGGAAAUAGGCCUUUAUCUCAAAUCAGGAUUCAGAAUUUUUUUUAUCGACAUUUCACAGCCGUCAAUGUUAUUUAACGAUUACGAUCUUCUAUAUUAUUCCUGUCAAGAAACCAACUACAAGUAUUUCAUUAAUUUGCCGUUGAAAAAUUUUUAUAAGGCUUUGAACUUCGUCCAAAACGGGCCAUUCCUGAGGGGCCAAGGGCAAUCAUACGGAAGAGGUGAUCCAUCGCAAAUAGCGGAGCAGUACGACAUGAGCUAUCCGACAGAUUUCAACACGGGCCUUAAGCUGGAUGAAGAAUGCCUAAUGGAGUACGCUCGCUUUUUCUUUCGUAAUACUUUCAAUCACAGAUACUACAAGUUUAAUACAGUGUACCAGAGACGACAAUUCGUGAAUAGGUUUGGUGACUUUGAGCUUGACAAUUCUGACAGUAUCGCGGAAAAGAAACGCUGUUCGUAUGAUCGCGAGGGUAUCAAAUGGAGAAUACCAAUUGUUGGCGAGCUUUGA